CGGACGACCUCGGUGGGUGUGGCUUGAAACAGCUGCUGGAGCUCCUGAGGAGGAUCGUUCUGCCGGCACACUGGGUGGGGGUUCUGGCUGAUGGACCGGAGGUUCAGCUGCUGCAGUGCUCCAGACUCUCCGCCAUGACGGACACCAUCGUCCACAUCCAACCGGACCUCUGCUUCUACAUCACCGUCCAGAACCGUCUGCUGCCGGGCUCGCACAGAGUGCACCGGGACCACACGGACACCGUCUCACACCUGAGCCAGCUGGUGUCGCUGCUGCUGGACCUGGAGAGUCUGACCCUCUGCAGAAGUUUGAAGCGUCAACUCCCCUCAAGUUUACAACACGUGCGUUCAUUUGACUGCCACCUGCUGGUGGCUCCGUCCUGCAUCACCUGUCUGCCUUGCCUGCUGGAGGAGGAUGAGGAGGAGGAGGAGGAGGAAGAGGAGGAAGAAGAGGACUAGAAGACCACAAUCAUCUGCAAUGAUUCAAGAAAGCAGCACUCACCUGAGCGGAUGAAGCUCCACCCACAUCUCACCUGUGGCAGGUUCCGUCUGUGAACGUUACAGUCCUCUUGGACGCCCCCUGUAGGAGCAGUACCUUUAAAACUGCAGGCUUUCUGGGAAAUGGAGUCCUUUUAUCCUUCAGCCAAACGUUUCUACCUCAGUUUGUUCAAAUGCUUUUAUAAAGAGUUUCUUAUCUUGUUA